UUUCGAUUUCAUUGGUAGAUCGAAGUAAAUAAAUUUUAACCAAGAAAAUUGUUACUUUAACCUAAUAUCUACAACAAAAUAUCCAUGAGUAUAACGAUAUUUUCACAUAAACGAUAUGAAUGAAAUUAUUUAUACAAAUUAUUCAUUUCUUAGUCCUAAUGCGACAAGUGUCAAUGACAAUGUCAACGUUAAAGAACAAUGAUGUUACUGGUGAACCUCUACGAUUGACACAUAUCAAGCCAUCCUUUGAUGCUGAAGAACUUGCCUUAGCAUCACGUCAAGAUUUAUGGCAUAAGUUUAUUGUAUUAAAUUGCCAACCACACGGAAAAGCAGAGAUAUUAAAAGCCAUUAUAAAUGCCUGCGAACCAGAAAUUUUGUUACCUGUUAUGUAUAAAAGAGAGAAUGAAAAUAAAAGUACUUUUCUGGCUAAAUGUAAUUCUGGUGCUAUUGAGAAUCUUGUAAAGCAAUGCUUGUGUAUAGCAUUACCUGGUGGCUAUGAAAUAUAUAUCGAUAUUAUAUUAGGAUUCAUUAAUACACGAGAAUUAUCAUUGAAUCCUAACAAAGUAAUAGCACAAUCUUUAUACCAGAGAUAUGAAUCAGUGAAAAAGAUACUUAAUCUAGAUGAUUUUGAAAAUGACAGAUUAUUAAGCUCAAUAUUUUGUCCGAUAUCUAUACCAAAGAUAUUCCAUCUUGUUUUAAGAUGUGCCAAACAAGGUGUCAUGGGCAAUAAUCGUGAAUUGAAAUUAUCCGUUCGCGAGUUAAGUUUGAAACAUAACAAUUUGACAGCCAUUAUAUUAUUUGAAAAGUUCUUUAAUUUUCAUUUAACUAAAUUAGAUUUAAGAUAUAAUCAAAUAUUAGAUGUUGAAUAUUUACGUUAUUUUUCUGAAUUUAAGAUAACAGAACUUUGGUUGGAUGGAAAUCCCUUAUGUACGCAAUAUAAAAAUGCACAAGAAUAUGUACAAGCUGUAAAAAAUAUCUUUCAACAUUUACAGAAAUUGGACGGAGUAAUAAUAGGUAUGGAGAAGAAAUUUAUACCAAAUAUACAAACUCAUUAUCUUAAAGAUGGUUCUAAAUUGCCAUUAAUAAAACAAUUUGUGAAACAUUUUUUUUUAAUGUAUGAUCAAGAAGAUAGAUCAAUCAUGAAUGGUCUCUAUGAUAAAAAUGCAUUUUACUCUAUGACUUUAGGUGCUGGUACAAAUUAUGUGCAUAAGCAAGUAGCUAAAUCAUUUGUUACAAAUAGAAAUUUACUCAAAUUUGUGGAUUAUGCCAAAUGCCAUGAAUUUUUAUUACGUGGUCCUGAUAAAAUAAUAUCAGUAUUGAGGCGCCAACCUCCCACAUCACACGAUAUUCGUACAUUUAACAUAGAUUUAUUAUAUGAAAGUAAUAAUCUCUUAGCCAUAUCCAUACAAGGAUUAUUUUAUUAUAAGGAAAUUUCUUUUCUUCCUAUGGUAUUCAAUAGAACAUUUAUUAUAGUUGGUAAAGAAGAUAACGAAUAUUGUAUAACUAAUGAUCAGUACUUUAUUGAUGGACCUUACUCUAAUAAUCUAAUACAAAUUAAUACUGAAAUGAAACAUGACAUUAAAAAUAUGUGUGUAUUUGUCCCAACUAUAUUUAGUCCAUCAGAAAAAAAGAAACUAAUUGUAUUUUUACAAGAACUAACGUCAAUGAAUUCAACAUUUAGUUUAAAAUUUCUAGAGGAUGUUAAUUGGGAUAUAAGACGUGCAAUCACUAAUUUUACAAAAAUGUAUACAUUAAAUGAUGUACCUCCAGAAGCUUUUGAAUAAAUUAUUUUUAUAUAAUAUGAA